AGUAUAAUAAAUGUUAUUUGAUUGUGGCUUUCAUUCGCAAUUCUGACCAAUUUUAGUGCGUAUCCAUUACAUUUGGCUGGAGCCAGUGUAUGUGAUUAUGGUAUAUGCAAACAUACCGUUUAGUAUAAUAAAGUUUUUUUUUUCUUCGGUAAUAUUUAGUUAGUAAUUGCUGCCGAAUCAUCAAACUUGAAAUAAACUCAAAUUGACCGAAAACAAAAUAUAUGGGUAACCGAAAUCAGAGAGAAAGAAUGGAUAGAGAGUGGAAGCUUUAGCCGUAUCGUCUUUGUCGUUCGUUGCCAUCGAUUGUUGAAUGCAAAACUGAUUUUUUUUUCUGCUUCACUUCUCCCUCGCUCGCUCGCUCUCCCGUCAUUUGCUUGAUUUUUUAUUCAUUUUAAUCUCCCCGGGCAGCAAUAUGCUGCUCAUAUUUACAUUUGUACAACCACAAUUUCAAUUACAAAUUCAUUUGUUGUCAUUAAACUACAAUUUUUUUCCUGUCGCUGCUGCUGCUGCUGAUGCUGCUGUGUUGUGUAUGCAACAAAAAAAAUUCGUGUUCGAGUUUAUUGCCGCACGCAUAUUCAUGCUGUUUAAACGUUUCAAUGUGCCCAGGUGAUUACACGCAAUACCACACUCAAACACACACACACACACACACACACACACACACACACACAGAAACACACACGCAUUUCAAUCGAAAUUACAACCAACAACUAAAAUGCCUCAAACUACGUACGCCAAAGAAAUGACACUAGACACAUUUUUUUCUGUCGUUGUUGUUGUUGUUUUCUGCUACUACUGCUGUUUCUCUGCUCGUUUGUGUGAUUCAGUUCAAAAUGGCUCAAGAACAUUCUCAGCUGUGUCAAUCACAAACACAUGAAAUCGGCUUUAAAGUCAAUUUUAAUCGCUCACGUCGCUUUAAUUGUCUGUUUAUUUUGGAUUUCAUGAUGACGGGCUCAAAAUCAGUAGCUGCACACAUGAUAUGGGGAGAAAGUGUUUGUGAUUUCUCUGAAUGAGUUGUUGAAAUUGAACAAAAAAAAAUACUCAUCACUUUUUCCCCAUAAUUUCUAAACGGAAAUAUAUUUUUCACACCUUUGCACACACAAAAACGUUCAAAUUGAUCUAAUAAAAACACACAUUCGAAUUUCAAACAACCGCACAACCGAAAUACAAUCGAAAACAAUGAUGAAAAGUGUUCAUCACAUUCGUUUUCGCAGCGCUGCAGCUCGAUCCGAUUUCGAUUUUCAUUUCAUUGAGAAUUUGCAUGGUUGAACAGAACAAAUUAAGGGCGAUUUAGUGUCACGUUUACACGAGCUUUUAUUUGUCAUCGAAUCAUUCACACUUUCUUCUGAUGCAACAUAGUACGCGAUUGGCCUGUGUGGUGUUAGCUAGUGAUCGAAGGCGAGAUCCAUACGUCCAUCAUGAACGUUGUUGUGGCCGAGAGCAGUGGCACGAAUCAGCCAAUUUGUAUUUUUGCACGAUGACCCCUUUAUUUUUUUUGUAUGUGUUUUUUUCUCAUCUGCAUUUGAUUCGCAAAAAUAGUCUCGGUGGUCUUGGGAAUUUUACGACGAAAUUUGUGCAUAUUUUAUGAGCAAUGUUUUAUGGGUUUUUGUGUGUGUACCAUUUGCGAUGCGAACCGAUUCUUUUUUUUUCAAACCAAAUGUGUGCAACCAAACCACCGAACUGCCGUGAAAUGUGUUCAAGUGCCACUUGAACGAUGAAAAAAACAAUACAUAAAUGCACAAUUGGGUUUAUAUAUAUUUUUUUCAAAUUCGUCGUUGGGCAAUAGAAAUUGUGUAAAAAAAAACAGAGUUGGAUAAAACGAAAGUUUAGGUUUUUAUGCGUUUCUUCGCACCAAAAUCGUAUGUAUGUGGAGGCAAUUUUAUAUGUGCAAGGUCAAAGCUACACGCUUUUUUGUAUCGUUUCGUCCACGCCUCAUGAUCACACUUUAUCAUUCUUCAUUUGGCUACACAAAUUCGAGCAUCGCAAUAAAAAAAAAUAACAUCAUUCGAUCUCUUUACCUCUGUCGCCCCCUCUAAAUCGCAAUUUUCAUUUGUUUUAAUCGUUUUAACAUAUCAAAACCAGAUAAUUACACAUGGAAUUACUGCAGAAUGACAUUUAUUCGUGCUAAAACAUGAUUUACGGCGUCUGAUAUAUGCCGGACCCAUCUAUCUCUCACUGGCUCUUUGUCUUUCCUUCUCACUGGCUCUUUGCUUCUCUCUCUCUCUCUCUCUCGCCUACUUGUUCACUCGCUCGUACGCUGUGAAGAAAACAAAAAUCGAAUAGCCGAGUAAUUGAGCACGAUUCAAUGAAUAUAAUAUGUAAUUGAGCAAAUUGCAAUCAUUAUGUAACUCUCAGGCGAUUGUCAAUCGUGAUUUUGUGCGAGAAAAAAAGAGGAAAAAAACACAGUAACGCUUAAGCACCACCACGCCACCAUAGGAACAUUCUCAGCAAUAAUAGCGGCAGUGAUGAGCAAAUGGAUUCGGGAAGAGAGAAGCGUUAAGCAGAAGCACAUUCGCGUGUGCAAAAAAGAAAAUCACUCACUCACUCACAUAUACGAAUCACAUGGAUAAUUACUUUUUCCGCUUCGUUUGAUUUGAAAAUUUAUCAAUGCGAUCGAUGGUGAAGCUGAGCGAGUGAAAAGUUUUCCACGCUUUUUAGCCGCAGCAUCAGCAGCAGCAACAACAAAAUCGACUUAGAUUAUAUUCGAUUCGCAGAAUGAAUGAAGAGAAACAAAACACAAGACGAACGCCAUGAAGAAAAACAGAGAAAAAACCAUGCAACCAGCAGCAAUGCGAAUCGCAUUUUGCUGGUACGGCACAUUUGGUCUCGGUAAGAGAUCUUGAAUUGAACAAUCUUUAACGAGAAUUAUGUGAAUCAGGUUCUAUUGGUGUUAAGUGAAGAAAAAGAAGAGAAAAAAAAAUCACUAUCGCCAAAUGUGAUUUAAAACUUUACGCAAACUUCUAGACAAAACUCAAGUGCAAUCUGAACCAAAGCAUAGAUAAUGAAAUUAUGUAGGAAUGCACAGAGAUUGAAAGAGAGAGAGAGGAACACUGUGCAUAUACAGACUGGCUUUAUACGGGCACAAAAAAAGGCGCACAGCAAACGUGUUGUGUUAUAUAUGUUUAUGUGUGCCUUAUCUUUGCCGAGCAAAUGUGCAGCAUGCUGCACAGGAAAAUGCAUAGCCCAUUUGAUUUUGCGCGAUUUGUGUGUGUGUAUAUGCACCUUUUUCGUUUUUCUAUCUUAGCCAAGCAUUUUGCUGUUUGCAAUUGAGCCCUUGCAUCUAUCUUUUCUCAUUUGGCCACAUUCCGUAUCAUUAUUUACGAUUUUCUUCGACGACUUUGUUUAUGUGUCCCUCUGUUCAUUCACCUAAAACGAAAUGAAGUAAAAAAAAAACAGACACACAUGCGCACACACACACACACGCUACUGAUUUUUUCCAGAAACGUUGCUAAGCGAACAGUUUCUAUGAAGAAAUCGCCCGAUCUAACUACAUGGUUGCGCCGCACCGAUCUGUAUGUGUGUUUUUUUUGCCUUCUUUUUGGUUUGUUUGCCACACUAAUGGGCACGUAACAUUGUUUUUCUCUGGCCUAGGCUAUGUGCAGAGCAUUAAGCCGGUCGAAAAAUAAAAACCGGAUCACAUACAUACAUAUACUUUUUCAUCUUCUGUUAUUAUCCCUUUUCUCGUCCAUUCGUUUUGGUUUGCAAUUUCGUCAAGAAUUUCCAAGAAUGAAUGUCUGAAAAAAUAACAACAACGACGACGCUUCAUCAACGCGAUUUUCUCUCGCUUGAGUAGCAAAUCAGACGGGCAAAUAGAUAGAAUGCUUUUAAUCUAUCAUCUUAAAUGUUGAUGGGCUUUUUUUCUCUUCCAUUGAAAACACCGCAUCAUAACAAUCAAUCGACGGAAAUCACAAAUACCCGGCCAAGCAAUUCUAAAUGGUUUCAUAACAACCGAUUGCUCUUGACGAAGAAACAAAAGUCCAUUGAAUUGAAUCGAUCAGUGCAGUUUGUGUCAGAAGAAAGUGCUGAGCCCCAUCGGUAUAACCGUAAAUUGAAUGAUACAUUUUGUAUAAAUAUUUACCAUUCGAUUGUUAAUUGUCCAGUAAGAGCAAUCGAGAGAGAGAGAAACACUGAAGCAUCGAGGUGAUGAAGUGGGUUAUUCUUUUAAUGUCGAUAGUUUUAUGUACGCACGCGUCGCUUACAUUUCAUGUGUGAUUUCUCUCUCUCUCUCUCUCUCUCUCUCUCUCUCUCUCUCUCUCUCUCUGCAAUCCAAUCACGCAUUACAAUCGUAACCGUCGUCGUCGACGCCGCCGUCGUUGUCAUCAUCAUCAUUCAACCGCGAUACAGAGUCCCGUUUACACGAUAACAAUGCAAAUAUAAACACAGACACUCGACGCUCGCUGUUUGUUGAUUUAAGCAAUAAUCGCUUUAUGGCCUGUGUGUGUGUGUGUUUUUGCCUCUUCUUCUUCUUCGUGUUUUGAUGCUAAAUCGGCAACACUGAAGUGAAUCAUUUUACCUGCUCUGAGUAUGUGUGUUUGGUUGUCAUCAUCAUGCUAAUCAAAAUGCAUGAACAAUUUGGUGUGCAUGUUUUCAAGUGAAUUUUGCACGAGCACGCUGAACUUUUUCACUCAUACUCACACAAAACACACGUGUUUUUUUUUUCGGUUCGAAACGGGAAUCAUAGCUCAUUCGAUAUGACAUUUUGAGAAGUGAACUUUGCAGAUUAUCACGACAUCGAUCGGCCAAUUAAUCAUAAUGCCACGCUUAGUCGCAUUGAAACACACAUUGUUCAGGUGCUCCUUUCAUUUUGUGGAAGAGUAUGUGGCUUUGAUAAUGACUCUAUCUUUUUCUCUCUAUCUCUCUCUCUCUCCCUGUCUUUUCAUUCUCCCUUGCACGCUUGCAUGCGUUGUCUCAAUUAACAAAUAGAAAUCGAAUUUGCGUCGUAUGAUAAACGGUGUUGCUCCUGUUAAGCUACGCCAAAUAUGUACCAAAAACACACAUCUACACAUUUAAUUAGAUCAGGAAAUUCAAUAAAUUUUUCUCAGUCGCUCUCGUGCCUUUUUUUUCGUUGUAUUUCACCUUUUUUUUAUUGUUUUCUCUUCAAUUUCGAUGUUUUGUUUUGUGAGAGCGAUUGAAAAAUUUACAUUUCUUUUUAAACACGACAAUGUUGAACAUUUCAAAUUGGCAUUCCAUGAGCACGGCGGAUGCAUAGCGGCAAUAUUGUGCACGUUUUGUUCUAGUUUCUUUGUCGAUUGUUUGAUAUCAAGCAUCUGAUUUGAUUUUUUCAUUCAAGUAAUUAAGCGAAAAGUGCACACAAAAUGCGAAAGAGUUAAAGUGAUAAAAAAAAAUUCUGAAAAAAAAUGCGAUUAGGUUUAUUUCUCUUUCCCUCUCCCUCUCCCUCUCUGUGAAAUAUAAAUCCAUUCAUUUUCUCUUCCCUCAUUCGGUUAAUCAAGUUUGAAAGAAAGAAGAAAAAAAACGACGACAGCAGCACAGAAAGAAAAUCACUGCAAACACAAAAUAACAAUGAUUUUAUUCUCCAUGCACUAAAAAGGGUCCGAAUCACGGUUGCAAGUCCAAAUCAAUUAUCAUUGUCACGCCGCUAAUCAAUGAUUUUGUUUUCUAAUUGAUAUUUUUUUAGCAUUGAAUUGAAUACCGAUGAAAAAACAACGUAGCAUACAAUAAUCACGAGCCGACAACGGCAAAGCUUUUACAGACUAAAAAUUUUUUUUUUUAAGUGAAUAAGAACAACAACAACAGCAACAAAACGAACAAACAAGAAACUAAUUCAAUGGAAGUGAAUGAAUCGCGAGAGAGUGAAAAAAGCGCAACAACAACAUCAGGCUUGUGACACACAGCUAGGAAGCAAAAUUAAAAUCAAAGUGAAUUGUAAAGUGGUGGCAAGUGUGUGUGAGUCUGCAACAGAAAAUUGGCUCGCGCUUUUUAACCCAGCCACAGCAAUAACAUCGUCAGCCACCGCAAACAAUACAAUCUUCGAAAUUGAAUAGCAACAUUCAUGUCAAAAUGCAUUUUUACUGAGACAUAAAACAAAUAAAACGAAGAGAAGAAAAAAAAAACAGCGCACCAAGCCACUUCGUCCAAAUCCAAAUGCAACACAUAAUUCGUUCCAAUCAACACAUUGUUUUGUAUCAUUGUGUGGCAAUAGUCUGAAUGGGCUGUUGGCUCUUGGUGUGUUAAUGCUAAGCGCAACAUUGCACUCGCCGAAUAGGAGAGCAUUACGUAAAAUCAACGAAAACCGCGAAUAAUAAAGUGCACAUACACACACUCUAAUGCGCUUGUCCAUAAAACCGAAAUAACAAAAAAAAAAACUAAUUGCAAUAGCCGGCGGAAUCGAACGGCGGUGAGGGAAAUAACAAACGACAAAAAUUCAAUCAAAUUACAUAAAAUGGAAAUGAAUGAUUAACAUUUGAAAUGCGAAAAAAAAUCAUGCACUUCUUGGAAAAAAACGUCAGAAAAUCUACGAAAAAAACCAAUUGCAUCGACAUUUGCAUAGUGCAACGCUCCACUUUGAUGUGUACGAAAGACUGAAACAGGCAGCCAGAGAGAACGGAUUCCAAGGAAAAAAAAACACUAUUUUGAGAUAUCGACCGACGUGGCUGUUGUAAAACCAUUACAGUUUCUGUUUUUUUUUUGCCCCCGAGUAUUCAAUUCCAGCAAAAACGAAGAAAUAAACAUCGCAGCGUAUAUAGUCGUUUCGGUGGUACAUUUGAAUAGGUGUUGUGAUUGCUUCAGUGUGCAUCGCAACGAAGAAGAAGAAGAAAAACAAUUUACAAUUCAUCACAAUUUCAACGUGCAUAAACUUAAACCAAGCACAAACAAAAACGGGCCGAAACGAAGAAGCGAGUGAAUCAGCGAGUCUGAUUUUUAAUCUAAGGUGCUUGCACAUGUAAAUGUGCACACAUAAUCGCUGCUGUCGAAUUCGAUGCAAAGUGAAGCGAAAAUGUCUUCGCUCAAGCAACCGGUGGUAUGGUGCUCCGAUCCGAAUUCAACGAAUCAAAAACCGACCGCAUUUGCACUGCAAGGCAUACAAUUCGAAGGAAUGAUUACCGAACAGCAUGUGCUGGCUUUGCGCGAACUCAUUAAUGCAGCGGCUGAAGGUCGUUUACUUUUACCCAGUAACGGUGCCAUUGUUCUGCUCGAUUGCGGUAUCGAUGUGAAUAGCAAUGGUGACGGCCAGCAACAGCACAAACAGCAGCAGCAGCACAAACCAAAUUCAGCCACUGAGUCAGAUACGAGCAAUGAGUCGUUGCCAGUGAGGUCGUUGUCGUCAUCGUCGUUGACAUCAGCUGUACAAAGCAAAACAGCUGAGCCAUCAAGUGUCCAGUCCAAUGAACAAAUCUCGACAACUAUUCCGAUCGAUGUGAACACAUGUGCCGAUGCAAUCGAUUCAAUCGAAUCCGAACACACGGUUAAUCAAUGCAAACACUUGGACCAUGUAACCGAAACGACGACAACUGACUCGGCAACGGUGCAACUCGAACCAAAAUAUUCGGAAUUCGAAAUGCCCGAACUGAGCAAGUAUGAUUUUAUUUAUGAAUUUUUAUGCUGUGCCAAAUGCAUUAACAACGAACAAACACAGAAACCAUCGCUCGAUGGUGUUGAUGUGAAAAAAUCGUGCCAACACAAAAUGGUGGCUUGUGGUCAUAAUCAUGGAUUUAUGUAUAAUGUAGAAAAGAAUAUGUGCCAUUUAACAAUCGAUAGCAGUAAUCAUGUGCCGGUUCCUACUUAUGCAACUGUCAAUACCAAAUUGCGAAAACAGAAUAUUUUCGCCAAUCCAAGCAAUUUAAUCAAACCGCCACCGCAGUUGGAUGCGAAUGCGGUGGUGUCGAAUGAGGAAAAUUUAAGUCGAAAAGACUGUGAAUCAUUCGAUAAAAAUGAUAUUUGUGCCGUAGAUUCACAUGAAAAAAGCAAUGAUAACGAAACUGUGAUGAAACAAGUGCCAAUCGACGAUGGAAUACAAUCGUUAAAUUUGGGUGGAGGCAAUGACAUGCCCGACACUGACACAAAUAAUAUACAAUUGCAAGCGAUCGGUAGUAAAAAUGGCAGUCGAAAAACGAGCCUAGAUUCAUCGUGUACGAUUGGCUCAAUGGAUUCGGGUUUCAUUGAAAUGCAAAAUAAAUUGGAACUUAUUGCUAAGGAGGGCAGUCAAAAUGCGAGUAUGACCGAUGCACGAUCCAAUGUUGAAAAUAUAGUGCCAACGAUUACGGUGACACCCGAUGAUGAAAUUGGCGAAAAUGAAUCGAUAGUCACAAAUCACAUCGAACAACAUAAGGACAAUGUUAUGCUGAAAGAGUGUUCGACACAGUCGCGCAAUCGACGAAAAUCCUAUGAAGAAUUCAAAGCGAUUUAUCAUAAUCGAAUGACGCUCGAAAGUGAGUUGCCAUUUGUUCAAGAGCACGAGCAUACAUUGCCCGUGUGCAAUAAAAAGGAGAAAAUCAAAGCGCGUCGAAAGUCGUAUGAAGAAUUCAAGGCGUUGGUGCGUGAAUGUGGUGAUGAUGUCAAUGAAUCAAAACGUAAAAAGUCCAAACAAUAUGCGAAAACAAAUGCCAAAACGCUGUCCACAAUGGAUGAGAAUGCAAUGGCCUAUUUGAAUGAGCACAAUAAAGUGAAACAAACGUCAAAUGAUACAUCAAAAGCAGAAAAUGUGGCAAAUAAGUGCGAUGUACUGGCCACAACCGCACCACGCACACCGAAAAGUAAAAAUGAUAUUUAUAAAACCAAUUUCAAAAUCUACGAUAAGCUCAUUUCGUAUGGGACGAUUUAUGAUAUUAUGCAGAAAAAGACGGACAUUUAUAAGGCGUAUCGUAAGUAUGAUGCCUACAUGACCUACGGCACAAUCUAUGAGAUUUUACAGCGAAAAUCCGAUGAUAACGAAUUGUUUUGUCGUACGCGUGCCACUUCCGAGAAAUUCAUCAAUAAACGUAUCAAUGGCAACAGUUCCGAUGCAAGCGAUAAACAAACAACCGGUGACGGAGCUACAGCGACGAUGACGUCGACGACCGGUGGAAAUAAAGACGAUAAAAGCCGUUCAUUGAACUUUGGCGCAAUUUAUGAUAUUAUUCAGCGUAAGCAUCGUCAAUCGAAAAAAUCGAAUUCAUUGCCGAACGGUGUGAUUGGUGCCAUUGAAAUGGCCAAAGUAAGCGAUGCCGAAUGCAGAGCGAAUCGUAAAAGUCUCGCAAGCGAUGGAUGCAUUUAUGAUAUAAUCCAAUCGAAACAAUGUGAUUUGAGCAAAGCUCAAUCGAUGACUGCAACUACGACUACGACUGAUCAUGCGCAACCAAAUGUGAUGAACACACGGUUUUCGGUGGAAAAAGUCAAUGAAAAUGAAUUGUCACACACAAAAUCGAGCUGUAGCAUUCAAACAACCUGUUCAUCGAUGAGUGACGAAGCAAAGGGAAAUACCUACAGUGAACCGGCAACUGAUGCAAUAUCGCCGGGCAUCUCAUCAUCAUUUCUUACGAAAUGGAACAGUCCAAGGUUGAGCAAAGCAAAAAAAACGAAUCGAAUGCGACGCUUCUCACAUAUACUCUCCUACACACAACGAAACACACAGUUCGAUGCAAAUGCAACAACGGUUGAUGUGACAAAUCCACUUAAACUUUUACCGUACAAUGAAUCUCUGCCGCAAACGAUCGACGAGCACACAGACACAACGGAUGAAACAGUACCGGGUGCAAGCAGCAACGGUACAGUCAAUAAAGAUGGAAAAUUAGAGCAGCAGCAGCAGCAACAACAACAACCAAUUGUCGGCCAUCGAAAAGAGGUGCGAAUGAGAAAAAUGAAUAAAUUACGAAAAAUGUCAUCACCAUUACCACUAUCACAAGCGGAUCAACCACCAAAAAUCAGGCCUCGCAAACAAUCCGUUCCACCGCCACCGUUGCCACCAUCAUUCCAUUUACUUACACAGCACAGUCUUAAAAGUAAUGACAGCCUCGUCGCAGCCGCGAACGCUGCCGUCACACACAAUGAACAUUCAAAAAGUCUCAACAAAAUUGACGACGAAAAUCAUAUAACUGGCAAUGAUAACAACAAUAAUAAUGACAGUAGUAAAAAUGGAAAUAACAAUAAUUCUAAUGAACAAUCGGCGCAAAAUGGCCGUAGUGAUAGUGGAAAAUGCAAAGCAAUCAAUUUAAUGAGUGAUGGCAAAAUAUUGAAAACCAAACAAAAAAUCUCAAACAAAUCCAAUUUAAACGAAACAAAAUCAAUGGUUAAACGAUCCACGGUGCACAGCGUGAAGAAAGCAAAGUCAAGACGACUCAGUGAAUUCACUCGCGGUGAAUUUCUCAACGAAAAACCAUGGUAUUUCCGAAAAAUAAAGCGUAUCGAAGCUGAAAAGAAGCUACUUCUUCCAGAGAAUGAGCAUGGAGCAUUCUUGAUUCGUGAUUCAGAGAGUCGUCACAAUGACUACUCACUUUCAGUGCGUGACGGCGACACGGUCAAACAUUAUCGCAUUCGUCAAUUGGACGAGGGUGGAUUUUUCAUUGCACGUCGCACAACAUUCAGAACAUUGCAAGAGUUGGUGGAACAUUAUUCAAAGGAUUCCGAUGGACUGUGUGUCAAUCUGCGAUCGGCCUGUGUACAGAUUGAGAAACCAGUAACUGAAGGCUUAUCACAUCGAACCAGAGACCAAUGGGAAAUCGAUCGAGGCUCAUUGAAAUUCGUACGCAAAUUGGGCUCAGGCCAAUUUGGUGAUGUAUGGGAGGGUCUUUGGAAUAAUACAACACCAGUUGCGAUCAAAACUCUCAAAUCGGGCACUAUGGAUCCAAAAGAUUUCUUGGCCGAAGCACAAAUCAUGAAGAAACUGCGUCACCAAAAAUUGAUUCAAUUAUAUGCCGUUUGCACGGUCGAAGAGCCAAUCUACAUUAUCACUGAAUUAAUGAAACAUGGUUCACUGCUCGAGUACUUGCAAGGCAAAGGAAGAAACUUAAAAUUACCUCAACUGAUUGACAUGGCCGCGCAAAUCGCCGCCGGAAUGGCAUUCUUAGAGUCACAAAAUUACAUUCAUCGUGAUUUGGCCGCUCGUAACGUUUUGGUGGCUGACAAUAAUAUUGUGAAAAUUGCCGAUUUCGGUUUAGCUAGAUUAAUCAAAGAAGAUGAAUACGAAGCAAGAGUUGGAGCUCGAUUCCCGAUCAAAUGGACGGCACCAGAGGCAGCUAACUACAGUAAAUUCUCCAUCAAAUCGGAUGUUUGGAGUUUCGGUAUUUUGCUCACCGAACUGGUGACAUACGGUCGCAUUCCAUAUCCAGGAAUGACCAAUGCUGAAGUAUUAAGUCAAGUGGAACACGGUUAUCGUAUGCCUUGCCCACCAAAUUGUACGCAGCCACUGUACGAGAUCAUGCUAGAGUGUUGGCACAAAGAUCCAAUGCGACGACCAACAUUCGAAACGCUUCAAUGGAAACUAGAAGAUUUCUUCACAUUGGACCCAAGUGAUUACAAAGAAGCUCAAGCGUAUUAAUUUACGUGAUAUUUAAGGCAAAUGAAUAAAAAAAAAUGGAACGAACAAACAUUUAGAAAUGCAAAGUAAAAAAAAAAAUCCGACGAAAAUAACGGAGACAAAAAAAAAACAAAUAAUUGACAAAUUAAUAACAAUAACAACAAAUUUAUAGAUUUAUAAAUAUAAAGAUAUAUUUUAGAAAAAAAUGAAAGUGAAUUCAUCCUGAAGAAUGUAAGAGAAAUAAGCGUGAAAAAAAAGAGAAAUCAUCAUUAGGUUCUAAGUGAAUAUGGAAUGGAGUAUAGACUUGUUUAUUUUCCUCUUCCCUCAAAAACACUUGUAAACUUGUACCCAAGAAAAAAAAACAACAACAACAACAAGGGACAUGGAAUAUAAAAGGGACCGAUUCAAAGGGAUAAUGAAGAAGAAACAACAUAGAUGCGACGAAGCGGGAUAUCCAAUUGAUAAUUAGAUUAGUUUCUAUAAAAAAAAAUUACAUUGGUUACUACCAAAACAACAUUCAUUGACGGAAAGCCAUAAUUGCUAGACAAUUGAAAGUGAUCAAUUUAUAUGCAAUAUUUUUUCCGACCCGAUUAUAUUCCUUAUAAAUAAAUAUUAUUUUUUUCUUUGCGCUUUAAUUUAAAUAAGAAACACAUUUAAAUAAGCGAAUUAGGCCAAUCGAUUCUGCGAGACAUAUUCUAUUCAUUAAUCAAAUUAGAUAUUGCAAUGAUUUUUUCUUUUCGUUUCUUUGAACAAAUUUUUCUUUCUUUUUUUUUAUUAUCUAAUUAUUAUUAUUAUUUUGAUAGAUAUCGUAUUCUUAUGAGUAUUUUAGAUGAUCUUUUUUUUUUAAAACCAUAUUUACUUUUGAUGUAUUUUUUUGAAGUAUAAUUGUAUUCUUUUCUCUUUACGUAAAUUUUAAAUGGAGACAUUUUAUUUGAAAAUCACUAAAAAAAAAAAAAUCACCAUGAUGGUAUAUGCGUCCAAUAUCGCAUUCAUUAUGCAUUUUUGCAGUGACUUUCAAAUUCGUUGUAUUUUCAUUUCGUUUUUUUUUUGUCAUAUACAAUCAUCACGCGAUCAAUGUCAACCGUAAGGAAAAUAUUGAAUUCAUGUUAUUUAGAACAAAUCGUUUGAAAAAAGUGAAGAAAAAACAAUUCAAACCGAAAUAAUUACAUACAGGAAGAGACAAAAGAAUCAUACCAAACGUUUAUGGGUUGACUAUUGAACAAAGAAGAGAGACAGAAAAAAAAAAAUUCAAUCCAAAUCCAAUUAGGUUUAGUGUCCACUUUUUAAAUAAUUAUAGACACAAAUGGAAAAAAGUAAAAAAAAAAAAUUGAAGAAAGAAACGUUGAAUGUAGGUCAGUUGAAUUUGAAGCCUAUUUAAUAAUUUAGUUUUUAAAUAUAGAACUGAAUCAAAUAAAA